CAUGGGCACGGGCACGCGCCUGACCGCAUGCGGUCUCUGAGUCUCAAAAGCACUACAAAAUCUAUUAUUACUAUACAGGCUAUGAUAGCGAUGAGAACGCGACAAGUGUAAAGUCUCAUGGCUGGGACACAUUGAUGGAUACAUUGUAUUCACCCACACUUUCCUCGCCUUCCGAUACGACGAUCAGUUCAGAUUCAAAAGAGGACCCCGAUCUUGACGUAUUGGACUCAAUGAGCGCGCUCACGUUGUCGCACGAGUACGACAAUGGCAAUGGGAAUGGCAAAUAUUUGUUAGUAUUGGGGGCAAAUGGAAGGACAGGAAUUGAACUUGUAAAACAAGGACUUGAGCGCAACUACCGAGUGACAGCGUUCGUACGCGAUGAUAGGGCUUUGCUGGAGGACAGUUCGCUGCGCAAGAAUCAGAACUUAAUCAUCGUUCGAGGCUCACCUACAUCACAAGCGGAUAUAGACCGUUGUGUUGAAGGUCAAGAUGUUGUUGUUAAUGUGAUUGGGGCACGACUGAUGACCAAUGACACCACUAUCGGUUCACAUUCACAAGUUGUCCUUAACAAUGCCUUAAAGAAGCAUGGUGUGAGGCGGCUAAUUGUGGUGACAUCCUAUGGAUGCCUUGGUCUCCGCAGCCAUCUGAUCAACACGAAGCGAUUGUUCUCUCGCAUGUUUAUGACAGGAAUUCUCAAGGAUAAAGUGCUUCAAGAGGACAUUAUCCAACGCGACAGUGAAUAUUUGGACUGGACGAUUGUUCGGCCGGUUACGUUGAAGGACGGGGAGCUAUCAAAUCGCUAUCAUGUGAGUACAGAGGAAUUACCCAAGAACAAAAACAAGAUCAAGGUUUUGAGCCGUAAAGAUUUGGCGCAUUACAUCUUGACUAUCAUUAACCGACCAGAGGAAUAUAAGACUAUCCGAAGUAUUGCAGGGAAGCCCAAGCCAUCAAAAGCGUGUCAUCUCUGUCCGUUUGAGAAGAGGCGAGAGGCACAGGAGCUGGCAAAGCAUCAAGAAUACGUCAAAAUCAUGCAAGAGAAAGGAAUAUUCUAAAUGGGUGUUUUUUUAACUUCUUUCUUUAUUUUUUUAUUCCAUACUAUGUUGACACAUUCAUUUUCAAGUAUUUCAUAUCAAUCAACCUUUAUACAUAUUAUACAUUUCUCAUCGUCCUUGUUCUCUACACCUGUAUUAUCUACCGUACUUUAAUAAAUGAUUUUUUCGCUUUUGAUUUUGCUUUUGCUUUUGUCAGUUGUUGCUGUCAGUUGUUGCUGUCAGUUGUUGCUGUCAGUUGUUGCUGUCAGUUGUUGCU